CACGCAACUGUACUGAACCUCUACUUCCGGAAAGUGAAACGGGAGACAACAGUAUUUUUGAUUUAGUGGUAGAGCAGAAUGAGUGCAGGAGAACCAAACCCAGCCGCCACACCCACUCCCUGUGAAGACACGCAGGGAGAUGGACGAUGGAUGUCUUUGCACAACCGGUUUGUGUCCGACAGCAAAGAUAAAGAACCUGAUGUCCUGUUUGUUGGAGACUCUCUUGUUCAGCUCAUGCACGAGUUUGGGAUAUGGCGUCAGUUGUUCUCGCCUCUGCAUUGCCUUAACUUUGGGGUGGGUGGUGAUGCAACACAACAUGUGCUGUGGAGACUGAGCAACGGUGAACUGGAUAACAUCAGCCCAAAGGUUGUAGUGCUGUGGGUUGGCACGAACAAUCAUGGUCACACUCCUGAACAGAUCUGUGGAGGCAUCUUGGCUAUUAUCCAAGUUAUCAAGAAUAAGCUUCCCAGUGCCCACACGCUUGUACUUAGUAUACUGCCUAGAGGAAAAAUGCCAAACCCUCUACGGGAGCGAAAUGCCAAGGUAAAUGAGUUAGUCAAGGAGGCCUUAUCAUCUCUUUCUCACGCCUCCUUCCUCAAUGUGGACCCUGGCUUUGUCCACUCCAAUGGUAGCAUUUCUCACCAGGACAUGUACGACUACCUUCACCUGACCCCUAAAGGAUACCAGGCUGUAUGUGAACCCCUGCACACUCAUCUCAAGGCCCUGCUAGGUGAACCUGCCGACAACUGAGCAGCUAGGUCACAAAAUCACACUACCAUAGUGGUCCUUGUCCCUGUUACCAGAAAGCAUUGCACUUAUAUUACUAAGAUGUGUAAUGACGGAUAGAAUCAGUUAUUAAGAGCUAAGAGCUGCAUAAACUAUUUGUGGAAGACUUCUUCAUGGCUUGGGUUGGUGACCACUGUUAAAGACAAUGUGACUAUAUGGUUUUUGUUUGUAUGACAUGACAAAGUUCUACUUCCAUUUCCCAAUUUGCACCUGUUCCACUAGCUUCUGACACAAAGAAUGAAUCCAGCUGGGUAAUUUCGUGUGCCAUCCAGGGGCCCUGUGAUUUAACAGAAUAAUAAUGGACCAAUUAUGCUUGCCCUUCUCGCCUUUGUGAAUGGACCUGCUCGCUAAAAGUGAUGUCACAUCCACUGGCUUUUGGUGGUGUUUCCAUGUGUGGCUGCCAUGGCUGGCAACUCACAAAUUAUAUAGAGGGAGAUGCUGGAACAGCUUGGAAAGAUGAGACUUUUUUGGAGAAAACAUUUGAUUUUGCUUGUUUUCAGCUUCUUCUACUUCUAUACCAGUGCUGAUAUGUUUUUUUGACUGAGUGGCUACACCUAUUCAGGUGAAUAUGGCAGCGGGUAAGCGUGCCCUAGGCCCCAAUAUUAAUGGUGAUAAGGCUGUGGUGAUAUCACUGUUUGCAAGCAAUAUGACUAGUGCGGCAACCAUAAUGGGCACAUUAAACGAUACCUGACGAGAUGGCUGUUAGAACACACACCAGUCCAGAUGUUAAGUGAUCAUGAAUAAAGCUCACAAUUAGGCAGCAUAAUUUUAUAAGUUAAAACACCAAAUGCAGUACCUCUUUAAAGGCUUGCUGUGCUGCAGAUCUUAGCCCUUUAGGUACAGCUAUCAUGAAUCCUUCAAACACAGGUUGCACUCUCUGGAGCGAUAGGAACAGGGGCUUGUUGGAAAAGGACGUGGGAUAUAUCAGGUUUAAGCCAAGAUAUACCUGUAAACAAGAUACAGGAACUGCCCUUAGAAAAUCCCUGUAAAUCAUUUCAAUUUCACUGUGUUCUGCAAGUUUACCUUUAUUUGGCAAUAGCUUUAUUGUGAUGUCUGAUGUGUUUUUUUUUUUUUUUUUUUGGUUGAGGUUUUUUUUGUACGUGUUAAUUUGAAGGACCAAAGCUUUUUUUUUUUUUUUUCCUUUGCUUGUCUGCACUUGCAAACAACCAUUACAGUUUACUUGCUUCCCAUCGUAUCAUGUUAUUUCAUUAAUGCCCUUGUGUCUUUUUCCUAUAUCUAUUACAGCAGCAACAGAGUGUCAUGUGAGAGACUGUUUUGUUGCAAACACAGAUGUAUUUGAGUAGGCUGAGAGUUGUGAUGAUGCAUCUAGAUGUUUGUGCUUUUAGUUAAACCUUUUGUAAUGGCUCCUUCAAACAUUUAAAGGCUUUACUUCACACUAACAUGCUUCUGAGCCUUUCAGGCACGUAUUGUCCUACAUUACAUGAACAAAAGGAUGGCCAACCGUGUAAGUGAUGAAAGAAAUGCAUUAAAUAUCAAAACAAGAUGUUCCCGGUGUCCAUUGAUUGAUUGAUUGGAUCUGUGUGCUGAGUACCACUGAUGCAGAGCUACAUUUUUAGGUCUUGGGUUCAUCAAGAGGGCACAUAUGUUGUCAGAUGUGUGAAAAGAGAUUUAUUGCUUUUGCUUGACUGGUUUUGUUCCUAUUUCACGCAUAUUUUGUGAGCAGAGAGCCACAUUUCAGAAACUUGAGGAAGGCAAACAAGUCUAACUUUGCCCUUACCACUGAUUUACCUUGAAACUG